ACUCUCUCUCUCUCUCUCUAGAUUUCCCUCUUAUUUAUUCAGCCGAUUGGCCGCCUCCGUUUCUGCAACUCCAUUACAUUUCUUCUCCCUGCUGCUUCUUCUUCUUCUUCUUCUUCUUAACGUUUGAUUUGCAAUUUUCCCGGAUCAUUUAUCUGCUCGGAUCACUCAUUUCUCGAGAAAAUGAAGAAGGUGGUGCUGAAACUGGACAUGCACGACGACAAGUGCAAAAAGAAAGUCAUGACCAGAGUCUCCGGCCUUGCAGGAGUUCAAUCAAUUGACAUGAACGCAAAGGACAGCAAAUUGACUGUAACAGGGGAUGUGGAUCUAGUCGAAGUGGUGGACAAGCUGAGGAGGAUCUGCCACACAGAGAUCGUGUCGUUUGGGCCGGCGAAAGAAGAGAAAAAGCCGAAGGCGCCAGAGAAGAAGGAGGAGCCGAAGAAAACUCCGGAGGACGAGUACGUGGCUUGGUUCCUGAAGACUUACGGGUACCACCCGGCAACUAUCUAUUACCACGGCAGCACUUUACCCACCGAUUCCAGCUCUUCGUCCUCUGUCAACCCCACGCAGCCCACUGGAUCCGCCCCUGCUAAUUAAACAGACCCGUAGAAGAGGAUCCGAAUGGCUGUUUUAUUUUCUGAAUUCCCAGUUGUUGCCAUGAAGCACGGCUGCGUGGGGAGAAAGGAUCACUUUCCGGCAAAAUAGAAAAGAAAGAGGGAAGUAGUUUUAUUUUGUGGUGAUGGUUUUGAUUUUGGGAGUUUUGUUUUAUAAAUGAUGUUUAGGGGCUUUAUGUUCAGUGGGUGGUGGCGUUUUGUUUUCUAUAAUUUUUAUUAAAUUUGAUGUUCUAAUCUGCCAUCUUCAGUUGAUUGUCUUAAUUUUACAUGGAUUGAGACAUCUUUUUCAUGGUUAA